AGUCUGCCCAGAUCACGUUUGCCACUAGCAGCCAACCAGUCGGGCCCAAGUCCGCGGGCAAGAAGCGAUUGGGGGCGAGUGAGUUCAGCCCCGCGGUCCCCCCGUCCGGGUCCCCCCCGCCCGGGCCCGAGGCGGUAUAUCCUGCCCUCCCCGGCCACCUACCCCUCGUGGAAGCGGAGCGGCGGCCUCGCUGUAACGCAGAGGCGAAAUGUAGCGAGCCGGGUGUCGCGGCUGGACGCUCGCCUUGGCCGGGGGUGCGGGGGGUGGGCACGCCGGGGGCCGAGGAGGACUGCCGAGGAGGAGUGAUGAGAAGAGGGGGAGCCCUGCACCCCCCGAGACCACGGGUCCCUGCUGCCACUCGCCAGGCGCCCCCCUUCCUCCCAAGCGAGAGGCAGGUGUUUCACGCAGAUUCCGGUGACUUGAAGGACCAGGGAUUUGGGGCAGUACAAGGUCUUCCCAGGAAGGAAGGAAAUCUCUGGAGGAAAGGGGAAGGACAGCAGACGGUGCGCCGGGACCAGCAGAGCCCGAGGAGCUGUGGGAAGCCGAAGGAGCCCAGCCAGAGGCGUGAGCGGGAGCCACAGCCCUAGGCCAAGGCUGCCUUCUGGGGGAUUCGAACUCAGGCUACUUUUCAUGAAAGAAGGGCCACCUCCGAGGGUGCCCCGACUUGGCUGGGCUCUUCUACCCUGGAUGCCCCCGGCUCUGAGGAACCUGCUGCUCAGAACCAAAGAAGAUAAGAGGCCAGAUACAUUUCCCCGCAGCCGCGCGCUGGCCGGCCGGAGUCAGGCCUCUGCACCCCUGGUGGCUGGCUGCGGAGUCUGGUGGGGGGUCUCCUGCUUCCCUCCAGCUCGCGGCUGCAGUGCUUGAUGGGGCUGCCUGUCGCUCAAUCCAUUUUUGCAGCGCCUGGUAGGAGCAGAGAGCCGUGGGAAGAGGCCCCGCGGCGCCCAAGCCUGGGUUCAUCCCAAGACUAAGUGCUUUCCCGACUUAGGGAGAGAGAAAGAAAAAAGAAAAAAAGAGAGGGCGAGAGAAAGGAAAGGUUCCCCUUCCCUUCCUCCCUUCCCGUCAUGUCCUCUAAGCCAGAGCCGAAGGACACCCACCAGCUCAACGGGACUGGCCCUGCUCCCUCACCCUGCUCUUCAGAUGGCCCCGGGCGAGAGCCAUUGGCCGGGACCUCCGAGUUCCUGGGGCCUGAUGGGGCCGGGGUGGAGGUGGUGGUGAUUGAGUCCCGGGCCAACGCCAAGGGGGUCCGGGAGGAGGACGCCCUGCUGGAGAACGGGAGCCAGAGCAAUGAAAGUGAUGAUGUCAGCACGGACCGUGGCCCCGCACCGCCCUCCCCACUCAAGGAGACCUCCUUUUCCAUCGGGCUGCAGGUGCUGUUCCCCUUCCUCCUGGCAGGCUUCGGGACUGUGGCUGCUGGCAUGGUGCUGGACAUCGUGCAGCACUGGGAAGUCUUCCAGAAGGUGACAGAGGUCUUCAUCCUGGUGCCUGCGCUGCUGGGGCUUAAGGGGAACCUGGAAAUGACCCUGGCGUCGAGGCUGUCCACUGCAGCCAACAUUGGGCACAUGGACACACCCAAGGAGCUCUGGCGCAUGAUCACUGGGAACAUGGCCCUCAUCCAGGUGCAGGCCACAGUCGUGGGCUUCCUGGCAUCCAUCGCAGCCGUUGUCUUCGGCUGGAUCCCUGACGGCCACUUCAGUAUCCCGCACGCCUUCCUGCUCUGUGCCAGCAGCGUGGCCACGGCCUUCAUCGCCUCCCUGGUCCUGGGUAUGAUCAUGAUCGGAGUCAUCAUUGGCUCUCGAAAGAUUGGCAUCAACCCAGACAACGUGGCCACACCCAUUGCCGCCAGCCUGGGUGACCUCAUCACCUUGGCACUGCUCUCAGGCAUCAGCUGGGGACUCUAUCUAGAGCGAGAUGACUGGCAAUACAUCUACCCCCUGGUGUGUGCCUUCUUCGUGGCCCUGCUGCCUGUGUGGGUGGUGCUGGCCCGACGGAGCCCAGCCACAAGGGAGGUGUUGUACUCGGGCUGGGAGCCUGUCAUCAUCGCCAUGGCCAUCAGCAGUGUGGGAGGCCUCAUCUUGGACAAGACUGUCUCUGACCCCAACUUUGCAGGGAUGGCCGUCUUCACGCCUGUGAUUAAUGGUGUUGGGGGGAAUCUGGUGGCAGUGCAGGCCAGCCGCAUCUCCACCUUCCUGCACAUGAAUGGGAUGCCAGGGGAGAACUCUGAGCAAACCCCUCGCCGCUGCCCCAGUCCUUGUACCACCUUCUUCAGUCCCGAUGUGAAUUCUCGCUCGGCCCGAGUCCUCUUCCUCCUCGUGGUUCCAGGACACCUGGUGUUCCUCUACACCAUCAGCUGUAUGCAGGGCGGGCACACGACGCUCACGUUCAUCUUCAUCAUCUUCUACAUGACAGCUGCACUGCUCCAGCCGCGCGACAGAGGAUUCAGACCCAGUAGGCUGGACGGCACCGGCUGCGGCUGCCCUUCUCUGCCCAGCACAAGCUUCGGGGAACACGGGAGCCUCCACAUCCGCCCCACCCAGUGCUCUGACCAGAUGAGAAAUCUGUCCACACUUGCAUGCGUGUGAAUCUGAGCGUUCGGAUGCAGGUUUUUCCCUAGGCUCCCCAUCCGCAGCCUCGCCAUCGACCCUCCUCUCUGUAGCGGAAAAGGUCCACCUCCAGAGGCAGGCUAGGCAGUGACCCGGCUCCUCCUGACCCUGUGCCUCACCCCCAGAACUUGGCCGGUUCCUCUAGAGACUGUCUGUCCUUUCCCUCCACUUCCAACCACGCCACCUUCUGGAGUCUUCAAGUUGGAAGGAAAGGUAGAGGCCACAGGGCUGCGGCUGGGGCCGGCAGAGUUCAUUAACACCAGCCCAGGCUUGUUGCCACUCUUCCCUCGGGCCCUCUUUUCGCUUCGCCGUCCACCUGCGAACACGGCUGCACACACACUCUUGUACAGGCACCAAAACCAGCUCCCCUGCCCCUGAGGCCGCUCCCCUGUAUCCUCCUGUCGCCCUGGCCCCAGUCCAUCACCUCUUCCUCAUCUCCGGAGUUCAGCCCAGGCCACCCUGGAGACUCUGGAGCCUCCUUCUUUGCCGAAGAAGCAGGAAGGCGGGCGCGCCCCCAGCCCCAAGUGCGUGAGCAGAGGGAGGACCGCGGGGUGAGAGGGAAAAGAAAAUGAAGUGGACUUCCGUGGAAGAUUCGUUUCUUUUCCCCUGAUUGCACAAACUGCAUGUACUUUUGGCCUGGCUGCAAGGAGCGACAUUGGUUUACUCUUGUAUCCUUAAAAAGUUACAGAACUGUGUCUUAAGAGAAUUAUUUAUAGUUACUAUAACUGAAUUGACAAAUGUCAACGUAACUGAUAAAUUAUAUUUGGUAAAAUAAAGAGGACGUUUAUUUA